AUCCCAAGUAUGCAUGUUAUCGACAUGGGAAUCUUCCAAUAUAUCACCGCUUUGUGAGCGAAGCAUCAAUGACAGGUUGGCAGGCUUCGACGGCCCCUGGCGAUCAUGCGUGCAUGCGUGGGUGGGCCGGGAUUUCGCUCUACCCUAUUGCCGGCCAGAACCGCCAUGUCGCCAAAAUCAGGAAGGAUGACAGCGUUUUCUGUCCGGCGGAGUAGUUCAAUUGCCUUUCCUUCCUUACAUUCACUUUCUUAUCGUUUCUUCGUUCAAGUCGCUCCUUUCCCCCAGCCUAUCGCUUGGUCUGGAAUCGCGCCAAUAUGGCAGCCACCGAAGCUGCGGCGGACCGCCGCAUCGUGUCCUCCGUCUUGCACCACCUGUCGGAUAUGAAGUACAAGGAGCGUCGACAACUAGGGCCGGAUCAGCCCGUUGAGUUUAUGGAAUUUCGACCUACCCUGGUGCCGUCUAUCCUAGUGAACAAAAUGUGGGCUGACGAAGGCACCUCCCUGCUUUGGAAGCGCUACCCGCAUCUUCCGGCUCUGAGCGGCAUGAACUUCGAUCGACGGCAAGAGUAUGCAAACAAGGUGGAGCGACUCUUCGUACUAGGACCAUCGUCGGAUAGUGACGAGGAUCUGACAUACCUAGAAGGACUGACGUGGCCGAACCUGACGAGCCUUGAAUUGGAGGUUGACUGGAAGGCUCAUGGCAGGAGCUUUGAGAACAUGCUCCAUGAAGGUCUUGAGCAUCUGGAGUUUUCAGGCCCGCAGACCGGCGACUCCAAGUUCAUUGCCGAAGUUCUUCUUCCCACCUUGUUCGCUCCUUGCAGGAAUCUUCAAAGUGUACACUUCGGCCCAAGCGCAAUCGACCCUGAAGACCCUGUCCACACUCGCGCUUUGAGCGACGUACUUGACUCUGUACCAAGCAUCAAAGACGUUCGAAUUAUGAACACCAACUUCUUCGGCAAGGAUCUGCUUUUUGGUCGCUUGAUCCAACGCCCUGGUCUAGAGGCGCUGGAACUUGACCUUGAUCCUGGCCUACAAUUACUAUCACAGCUUUCGAGCCCCAGCGCGUUAUCUUCUCCGUUUGCCUCACUCAAACAUCUCCACAUUAUGUGCUACCCUGAGAUUGCACUCGCCCUUCCAGGUCAUUUACGCCAUAUUGAGGACUUGCAGCUCGAUGUCGCACGAAUACCGAACCAGCCUUUUCUGGAUUCAGACAUGAGCAUACUGGAUGAGCUACUCGAUGCACUUUCGCAAUGCCCAAAGCUUCAGUCACUGAGAGUCAACAUUGGCCAGCUUGCAUUGAACUUUCCCUCAUCCUCGUCGUGGCCAUUGCUUUCUGGCACAACGCUGAUUAAACUUGCGACUGGCUGCUCGAAGCUACAAGAUCUCAGUUUACUUGCCUCUGAAUCAGCUGCCAUCGACGGGUCAAUCAUUUCUAGUGCUCAGUUUGACGAAUUUUGCAGGAAUGCACCACAUCUCAAGAAUCUGAGCUUAAAGUUUCAUCCUAGUACAGUCAUUGCCCUCGAAUCAGUCGCCAUUCAGAGCUUAGGAAAACACUGUGCCCUACUGGAAGUGCUGCGUUUGAAGAGUGCAUUACAGUUACCCACCUCAACAGUGCUCGAUGUACCGUCACGUAGUGACACCGCUCGUGCCACAAGCACUCCAUCCCAGAUGAUCGAUAAUCCACCAGUGAUCACGGUCAAUGGAAUUACUCACGGGGACUACCCUGGUACACAAACCGUGUCCGUGAAACCUUUAUUCCCACGCUUGACCCACCUCGCUCUUGCCCGUCCCCAGUCCAUCCUUUCCAUCGUUAACGAUACCUAUACAAUAUCAUCUUCAUCACAGCCCAGCUCAAUGAUUGAUUCAUCAAUCGAAGAAGAUCUUGUUCGAACGUGGGCGCAAUACCUGCUAGCCAAUUUCCCUCGCCUCGAGAUACUAGAGGCGUGGGGUGAUUGGGCCGGGCUUGACAAUGAGUCUUUGAUUUACUUUCUGCCAUUGGAGGAGGUACUGGCGAGUACGUGGGAGUUUCUAAGCGGGGUAGAACAGGAUAUGUGGGAGGAUGGAGUAGACUCGGACGACCUCGGAGCUGAUGUUGAAGACUGGGGUGAUGAGUUUGAGGAAGACAUCAGCUUUGAUAGUCACGGCAGCGGAGAAGACUGGGAAAAGGCUAGUCUAAUCAACGAGUUCCCGGUGCAGGACAUCCAUAGUGUGCAUCUGGAAGCAUACGAAGAAGAGCCAGAGGGGUCCAUCACACCCGGGGGAAAGCCAGACAAAGAAAAGGAAGCUUUCUUCGAACAUGUCAAGGGCCAAUACAUUGGCUGAAUAAAGGAUAUAAUGCACGGCACUGCUCACUUAUGUUACGAACUUGCGCCUCUCUUAGAUGUUCUCUUUAUCUAUAUGGCGCUACUUGUUACUUCUUUGAUAGCAACACUAGGCGUCCACUUGCGACACACAAAGAAGCCUUGUAAACAAGGCAAAUUCGUAUGCUGCUUGCAGUUAGGUUAAAUCUUUCUCGGGGAUCGUGAGCAGUGCGCAGGCAUGGGAAAUCGAAGUAUUGAACUGAGGUUGUAUUGUUGGAAACUAUAAAAAGUACAUCUAGGGUGGGUGACCGUAAACAGCGCUAAUCCACAACAUGGCACGUGUCUCCUCAGAGGUGAGUUGCAACUACGCAUUAAAGCAAGAGAGGACUUUCUUUCUGCAAAGAACAUAUAGCGGGACGUUUAUAUCAAGCAGGGUUCAAUGUCACCUUCAUCUAAAGGCAUCCCAUCGGUGCAAAUAAAGGAACUGUUCAGGUGCAAGACUGGAAUGAACACACA